ACGGUAGGUAACUCCUCCCCGGGUUUCCUCACAGCGUGGCAUCUGCAAAUCAUGUGGUUCAUCGUCGAGAGCGGGAUGUCGUUCAACUGCACGAAGCUUGAAAGCUUCAAACGCAUUUUCACGAUGAUAAUCCCGCCGGGGGUUCCAGGGGCGCCCGCGCCUAGACUUCCCUCCUACCAUAUGCUGCACACGACCCUUUUGGACGAGCAGGAUGGUGAGGUCCAGAAGUGUGUUCGUCCGGUGCUUGACACGUCGAAAGAGACCGGUUGCACAAUCAUGACCGAUGGUUGGACCAACAUCCGUGGUGAGACGUUGUGCAACUACCUUGUUGGGACAAAGAUCGGGGUAGCGUAUGUAGCCACCGACGUCAUGCACGGCAAAAAGGACGCCAGUGCCCUCGCGAACACAUGGUUGAAAAGGGUGAAGUCCAUGGAUAUUGAAUUGAGCGGCAUCACAACGUUCGUGACGGACUCCGCCGGGGUGAACGUUGCGGCGAUGGAGGUAUUCCAAAAAGAUGAGAGCGUGAAACACAUCUUCUGGAUUCGUUGCGUCGCCCACAUCAUGGACCUCAUUCUCGAGGACAUCGGCGGGAUUGAUUGGGUGGCUUACCGCAUUGCGCAAGCGAGGCUGGUUACACGGUUCUUCAAGCACCAUAGACAUGUGAGAGAGGUUUUUGAGGCGUACUCGAAGAAGACUCUUCAGCUACCGGCGGAGACGCGUUUCGGCACGAACGUCAUCAUGAUGAUGAGGCAGGUGGAACUGCGGGCAGAGUUGACACAGGUUGUGGGCGACGAUCGCUGGCGUGAGAAUGUUUGGUCGACCAGCAAGAUCCGGAAGGACGCCGCGGAGGUCACUGUGUGUAUCGGCUCCCCUCCAUGGUGGGAGGAUUUGAGAGCUCUGUGCAAGAUGCUCGAGCCCAUCAUGGACAAGCCGAGGUUGCGGUUGAGACACGGGGGUAGACGGGAUGAGAGUAUUGCGUCUCGUGUGCACAGACGUCGUGGCAACAUUGCGACCGACAUGGGGGCACGUGUCACGCGGCAGGACCCGGUUGUCGUGUCAGAGGACGAGAUGGCAGAUCCUUCCAACGAGACGUGGACGCCGGUUGUUGGCACUGAGGAGGAGACGGAGUUCGGAGGACCCGGUCCACUCCGCCAGGCGCAGACUCGGUGCACUCCAGCAGGUGCCCCAGUCCACUCCACAGGAGCGGGUUUGGAGGACGGCGAGGCACGACGUGAGCCGCCUCCUCACACGAGUGACGGCGGUCUAGAGGAUGGAGAGGUUGCACCUACUCCCACUUGUGGACAGGACGGGGAGGACGAAUGUCCUCCGACGGGCCACCACGUCGGCCUCGACUGCCCGCCCGGCAGUCUUCCGCGCACCGACGAGUUAUUGAACAUGGAUUCCACCUUGGCAUUUCUGCCCGAUGUAUCGCUAUUGAUAACUCCCACUUUGGCGCUUGUGGCACCACCGGAGCCUGGUGGACGAGAUGACGUGCGUCGUGACAGAGGGUUCGACGAGUUCGGCGGCGAUACGAUACUACAUCCUCCAGAGUCCGGCACUCCCGCCGUUUUUCAUGUCGGUGCACCGUGGGCGGUGGAGCAGGGGUUGGCGGAGGAGGUGGCACGGAACCAUCGUGGCGGACCGCCCGUCGCAGCGCAACGUAGUCUGGGAGGUUCACUAAAGGCAGCGUCUGGAGAUUUUGCGGCGCAGUUAUCGGACGGCGUAUCAUCGGUCCGUCCACCGGACGAGGGCCCGCAGCAAGAGCCACAUCGAGGCUCGACGGAGACUUUAGAGGCGAGGCCUCCCGGAGUUAUCUGCUCGGACGGAGGCGAAGGUGUGGGCCAUGAUACGGCGCAGCCAGGGAGCAUCGAUGCACGACGGUCCAUCGAGGGGGGCAUCGAGCGCAUACGGUCAUCGACCACACACCCCAACAUUGUUAGGCCCAACGCACAUGACGUUGGAGACGCGCACACACAUGAGCCUCGACCGCAUCUGAUGGGGAUGCGUGACAUCAUGCGUCCGCCACCCUCACGCUCCCCUGCCGCUGACCCCAUCGCCCACGGGCAGGCCUCGCAGAGCGCAUUGCCGACGAGGUCUUUCUACGACGGUGCGGCCAUGGACCGGAGGGCGGGCGAUAUCGGACAUGCAUCAGCAUGCGGACCGGUAGAUGUGACCGCAGGGGCGCGAUUGAUCGGCAACGUCGAUGGUACUUGUCACGAUUCCAUGAGAGCUUUCGAGGAGCAACAUGGGAGGCCUAUACGGGCCAAGACGACCGAUGUCCAUGACACCAGGACGGCAAUUGCGAGGCUAUCACGGGCGAGAAAGAAGGGAACAGGUGCGUCGAUUCCGUAUCACCGGCGCCGCCCGCAUCCUUUUUUCCGCUACAGUGACGAGACCAAACAGAUGGCAGCUGCUACAGAUGGAAGGGGCGAGGUGGACGGAGGUGACAGAGCGAACGAAUCGGGACGAGGUGAGAAGAGACGAGGCGGCACGAUCAUCAUCCACGACGACAGCUCCACAGCCGCUGAGGGUGGUGAGACCACAGGCGCCGACGAUCCUGAUGACUAUGAUUACGUCCCGAGGAUCCGGACGGCGGACGGAGAUGACGGAGGAGGUCGUCGCGUGUUGGGGUUGAGGCGCUACCCCUCCGAGGGUAGCGCAACAGGGUUCUGAGGUUGUUUCAGUUGAACGAUGCUCUGAGUUCAAUAAACAUUGUUAAUACUG